UCCCGGUAGUGUUGUCCGACGUUUCCGAUGUCUCCGAGCCGAGACACGUCGGAGUAGAACCUAUUAGCCUUUCCGUACGGUCCCGAGAACGUUGUAAUGCCUCCUGGUUUGGUUACCGUUGAUCGUCUAUCACAUAACCGCACCCAUGAGGGUCCUAGAUGAUAUAUAUAAGCACUAGGUACCUAAUAUAUAAAUACCUGACAGUUAACUUGAUGCCCAAGGCGGAGAAUCAUUCUGACCGUACAAUAUCACUCAACAAGUGGAAUAAGUGUUUGCUCACCACACCCAUCUAUUUUACUGUGAUAAAGGCAGUUUGGUGGAAUAUAUACUAAACCCGCAGACAUCAUUUAUAAUGGACAUCUCCAAGGCAACGGCACCGGUCCUCGAGCUCUUCCGCCAGAAUCGAACCCUCUGCACAGCUAUCGCUGCCGUAGUAGCCACCGCUGGCGCUGCCUCGAUAUUCUCCCGCAUCGUGGCCGAUUACCGUGCCUGGUAUGCGCUCGGUCCUAACGGCCUGCCCCUUAACAUCUUCGGAUACCUGUUUCAAUCGAUCAGCCGUUCUUUCGCUCGAUCAGACACUCGCGUACCCGUGCCCUAUGACAACGCCAAACUGGCACGGUCGGCGCGAUACGGGCCGCUGAGCCAGCGCUCAUUCUUCUCCGGCUCGAUCCCGCCGCGCAAGGGGACCCGGCCUGAGGUGCCCACGUUCGUCGGUCCGCACCGGCAGACAUCACAGCAAGCCACACCCGCGAUGCGGGCUAGACAGGAGUCCUUCCUGGAAGCGCUCGCCGUAGCUAAUCCAUCUUUGAUACGGGUCAGACCGUCGAAUCUCGAAGGCCCGUUAUUCAAAAGCGUAUGGCUACAGUCUGGCCUAGCCCUGCGUGACGAGAUCAAAAACCUGAACGGCGAGUUUGCGCAUUCGCAUGCUGAGGGCAGCACGCAUAUGGUGUUGAGUCUAGCUGAUGCUGCUACCGCUAUCGAGCGUGGUUGGUCGGAGCGGCAUCGCAUGAGCGGUGUCGCUAGUAUAAUGCCAUGGAGUUUCGUCAUGAUAUACGCACCGCGGGAUGAUGAGGAGUUUCGCAUCUGGAAGGAGUUCAUGAUGGCGAGCGCCCGAUACGUACUAGGCGGAGAGAAAGAGGUUGUAAUGCCUUAGGAUGUAGGUGAGUGAGACGAGGGAAGAUUGAGCACGGUACUAAUUGAGAUGAUAAGUGUUAUACAUAUAUCAUAUAUGGCCAAGUCACUAAGAAGAAGCUCCUCUCAAUAUCGCUAAUAUCCUACAUAAUUCGCCCAUAACUCUUGUGCUUGAAAUAUCUA